AUGUGCCACCCCUGGUCCGUUCUGAGUGGUCGUCUGAAUGUGACGCCAGAGCACCGUGGUGAGAGAACCUGCAUAUGGGGCGCAUGCGUGGUUUACAACCUUGUGAGCUGCUCGUCAGUCGCUGCGGGGGAUAUGACUUGGGCCAAGCUGACAGACAGCAAGCGCGGACCAGUGACAUCCUUGGCAAUUGAAUCUGCCAACUUGCCGUUCAAUAGCCUGUCCUGGGGGUACGAGUUGAAGGGCCUCGAGCACGAGGGCAGACCCUACACAUGCUCUGUUCUUGGGUGCGGCGUUGCAGGGCAACCUGGGGUUAUCCAUCGUGCCCAUAUCACUCGCAAAGGCCUCACCCACUUGCCCGGUCGGAUUUGGAGGCUCUCAUUCCGGAUUAGUGUGCAGCCGAAAGUGCUUCGUUUGGGUUGUCUCGAGGCGGCCAGUCCAAGAACAGCCAAGCGGCAUUAGACCCAUUCACACACCAUUCCAUGUAUGCCGCCGCUCAGCACCAGGAUCCCCUCCCCAAUGGGCCGUUGUAGCGUUGCAUCGGGAUUCAUCCCAGAUUCGGUUUG